AUGACAGCUUUGUGGAGGGCGAAAAGAGGAGUUUCCGACACUGUUGUAGAUUGUGGGGUGGUCGAGUGUGGAGUGUGGAGAGAGUUACUGAGUGGUUUAGGGGUUCAAGUGAGGUUGGCUUGGUCAUCUACUUGGGGUUGUGACAAAAAGGCUCGGCGUUUCAAUCGCGAUACUUCAACAAAUCUCCACGCUGAUCCCUUCCAAAUCCUCCAUCAGUGGCGCAUCUCAGCUUUGGUUCAGUCGCACCGAACCUCCGUUGCACCCCUUCCCGGAUCUUCUCCGUCACACCCCUUCCAAUGGAUCUUCUCCGUCACGCUCUCUUCCGUCCCUCCUCCUCCUCCGCCGUCGCCUCUACUGCCAUUGUUCGAUUGUUCCUCUGAGUUUUCAUCUUCUUCCGCCGCUGCCACCACCGCUUGCGUCGCACGAUCUCUCUCUAUCAUCCCUUGCAUCGCACGAGCCCCCUCCUUGCUGUUGCUUAGGGUUCAAUUUUUCUGUGCCAAUUUUAGUUUCUAUCACAUGCUGGUAUCUCGAAACAGAUGGUUCAGCUGAUAGAACAGUGAAAUUCUGGGAUUUAGAAACCUUUGAAUUGAUUGGUUCUGCCAGGCGCGAGGUACUUAAAUGUACUUAAUCUUUAGUUUCUAUUCAAAAGAAAACAAUUAUGUCCAUUUAUGUCUUAAUUUGUGCCUCUCUCUGUCCCUCUCUGUCAUAAAUAUAAAUGUCAUUGCUUUAAAGUUAUGUUGCUUCUCUGAAACAUAUUAUAUCA